AUGAUGGAAAUCAUUACCGCAAACACGGCUCUCAAGGAGCCAGACUCGUCAAUUGCCCCCCACAUCUUCCUUUGGGCGUGCCAGGUAGCAGCGCUCAUCUCGCCGCCGUUCCCUGGGCGGCGAGGCGUCUUUGCCACACUCAUCAUCUCUCUAGCUAUCUAUUGUAAUCUUCAUCCUCAUUUCACGAAUGACAUGGGCUUGGCGCAGCCUUUCUCCAUCGCCUGGUCCUUUUACCUGUCAACCCUAGCAACGCUGCUCCGCGGAAGCUCCUCAGGCCCGGAGGACCGGUUCUGGAGGAUAGGGAACCCCGCAAAGGAGGCACGGGCGUAUGCUGCGUUCGGUUGGAGUAAAAUCCGCUGGGCUUUUGCUCUGCUGGUUAACCUCCGAGGCAUUGGGUGGAAUCAUCAAGUCAAAAACGUGCCGAAGCCGCCUCGCACAGGCAGAUCUCGGUUUCUAGUCGAACAGCUAGUCAGAUUCGUUGUCUUUCUCUCUGUCGGAGAUCUCUUGUACGAGUUGCACCGGAGGAUGAAUUUCACUUCAUUGGAUGGCACGGUGAGCUCCAUUGAUAGUAAAUACAUGACUCUACGGCACCCAGUGCUGCAUUGGCGCCUAGCUAGGGCCUUUGUCCUGGGAGCCUUGCCGUUUUGCAUGAUCAGCAUGCAGUCGGCACAGCUCUCGUUCGUGACCGUACUGCUUGGGCUGAAUAAACCACAGGACUGGCCCUCAACCUUUGGAAGUUUUGAGGACACACGGACCGUCAGAUUGUUCUGGGGAAGCUUUUGGCACCAGAGCAUCCGCCAUACUCUCACGUCGUUUACGGACAUGUUUUGUGAUAUGUCGCGCAUCCCCCGUGGUACUAACCUCUCGUCGUACACAAAGCUCUACCUGGCCUUCUUGAUAUCAGGUACCUUUCAUGCCCUGGGUCAGCUCCACCUGCCUCGGCCUUCCAAUAUCACAGCGGCGGAAUGCACCAUGGGCUUCAUUUACUUCUUCAUGUCGCAGGCCAUUGCAAUUACCCUGGAAGACUUCGUGAUUUGGCUUGGAUGUUCAAGCGGGUUGAUGCCGGAAAGCCCGCGGGCAAAGCGGUGUAUCAAGUGGUUGGGGCGCACUUGGGUGUUCUUGUUCAUCUUGUGGACUCUACCAUUUGUUGGAGACAUCAUACUCAAGGUUCGGGUGGGCACUGGAUCACUCCUGCCCUUCCCACUCUGGAGACCGGUAGUGGAGGCAUGGAUCCCCAUCGCCUCGCCCGUAGUAGACUCGAGGAAUGGCAAAUUAGCAUAA